AUGACUGACGAAUGGUGGGUUCUGCAUGUAGACGGUUCUUCAAACACCACAGGCUCGGGAGUUGGACUAAUCUUGACUAGCCCAGAUGGAGUGGUCAUGGAGUAUGUACUACAAUUUGGAUUUUUUGCCUCCAACAAUGAAGCUGAAUAUGAAGCAUUGGUGACUGGCCUGAGAAUGGUGAAGGUAUUGAGUGUUCGAUAUCUCAGAGUUCAUAGUGAUUCUCAGCUCAUCGUCGGUCAGAUUCAGGGAGAAUAUGAAGUGCAGGAGCCAAACAUGAUAAAAUACCUACAAAAUGUCAAGGACCUUGCCUCCAACUUUGCUACCAUGAAUAUCCAACAAAUAUCGAGGAUGGAGAAUGUGUGGGCUGAUCUCCUCUUAAAGCUCGCAAUGCUCAAUGCAGCUAACCUGAAAAGAAGCUCAUACCUCGAAAUCCUUAAGAAGCUGAGCAUUGAAGAACCCUCUGUGAUGCAAACAGAUCUUGAGCUGAGUUGGAUAGAUCUGAUCUUGCAUUACCUGUAA